CAUAAUUAACGAAACUUCAAAACUCCCAAAGGUAGCAACUAGUUUUGGCGAAUCCCAACGAUUAUUUUCUGCUUCAGCCAUGGCCUUUAACGUUAGCUUGAGAUGUUUGGCAAUAGUUUCUCUUGCAUUUUUGGCCACCGUGCAAGGAACUCUUGGGGAGAUAGAAUGCGAGUAUUUGAGCCCCGACACGUGCGCAUAUGCGGUGUCAUACGAAGGAAAACGGUGCGUGCUUGAGAAGCGUGUGAAGAGGACAGGGGAAGAAGCAUACACGUGCAAGACUUCAGAGAUUGAAGCUGAAAAACAAAAGAACCAUAUUGAGAGUGAUGAAUGUAUUAAGGCUUGUGGUUUGGACAGAAAAUCCUUUGGAAUCUCAUCAGAUUCUCUUUUGGAAACUCGUUUCACACAAAAUCUGUGUUCCCCUCAAUGCUACCAAAGCUGCCCCAACAUUGUUGAUCUUUACUUCAACCUUGCAGCUGGUGAAGGUGCGUUUCUUCCAAAACUAUGUGAAGCACAAGGUGCAAAUGUUCGUAGACAAAUGAGUGAGAUGAAAAGUUCUGGUAUUGUGGCACCAGGACCUGUGCAAUCUCUUCACUUCACAGCAAUUCCUCCACAAUCUUUUGAUGCUGUUGAGUUUGCAUCUGAACCUGCACUCACCCCAGGACUCCCCUAAUUCUAAGAAAUAUAAUGCAUGCAACAAAUAAUUAAAAUAGUAAAUUUGGUACUUAUUGUGUGUUUAGUUUGUAAUACCAAUAUGGUUGGUUACAUAGAGGCUUUGGAAUGUGUCAUGAUUAGUACAUUCUGUUGUACAAAAUUUCAAUGCUGCAAGUGGUCUUCCAGACUCUUGCCAUUGAAAAUCAGUGUAGCUUUCACUGUUUUUGGUUCAUUUAAUUAAAUUUGCUCAUUAUAUAAUUUCUGGAAGUGG